AUGACUGACCAAUGUCCAAAGACUUGCAAUCGCUGUCCCAACAAUGCCAAUGGCAACAAUGCUAAUGGCAAUGGAGCUAACGGUAGUGGAAAUGCGGCUAGUGGAAAUGGCGAUGCUGCUAGUGGUAAUGCUGCUGAUGGUAAUGCUGCUAGUGGCAACGCCAGUGGGGACAACGCAAACGGCAACAAUGCUAAUGGAAAUGGUAACAAGGGUUGUAAUGAUGGUGGACCAGACUGUGCGAAAACUCAGUAUUUGUGCACUGUUCCGGUAAGAACGACAAUAACAUAAAAUUUGAAAAAAAAUAUAUGUUAAGCUACUGUAACAUUACAGUCGGAAUCUCUUGUUUGAACAGCAUUAAACCAAAAGUUCAAAAAAAGCGAGAACUUUGUUUACAAAACAAAAAAUGGCAAGAACUUUCUUUACAAAACAAAAAAUGACAGACUUUUUUUUAAAACAAAAUGGCAAGAACUUUCUUUACAAAACAAGAAAUGGCAAUAACUCUUUAAAAAUCAAAAAAAGUACAAAACAGAAAAGUUUGGCAAAUACACCAGCAAAUUGAUCAAUCCCAUACUUUUUACCCCAAAAAGUUCUGUAGCUGACUGAUGAUGUCUAUAAGCAAAACCAACUUUUAUGUUCUUUAGAUAAUUCAAAAUGCUUUUAAUACCUUUGCUCUUAGGCUUACGCAUCGUUCAUGGCUAAGGAAUGUGCUCAGACAUGCGGAAAGUGCAAUGGAUAA